CUAUGUGAAACAGAAACGGGCAGUUAACACUGCUCUCUCCUGAAACGCUGCUGCAAUGACAGAAAAGGGGCCUGAGAGCCCACAGAGGAUGGGAGAGGAGGCGACUGCUCACCAGAGAUGUCAAAUCCUUUUUGGAAGACAGGAAGUGGAUGGAUGGUUUAACUGAGUAGACAGACCUUAAUUAGGUCUUGCAGAAGGAGCUGCUGAAGCCCAGACACAGGAAUCAAAAAUCCCAGGUACCUGAGAGCAAGAGGAAGGGAAGGAGAAGGAGACGGAGAGAAACAUCAAUGUGUGGUUGCUUCUCAUGCGCCCCCUACUGGGCACCUGGCCCGCAGGCUGGUACUCAAUCCACUGAGACACACCAGCCAGGGCUGUGAGUGAAUGUUUAUAAUGGCUUUACCUGUAAUUGCUGACAACCAGAAAACUCAAAUUCCUUCAAAUGUAAAUGAAAGAGGAAGUUGUAGUACACCCAUUAUGGAACACUUAUCAGCAAGGUUGUUGACUCCUUCAAGCCGAAGGAGUGAAUUGAAAUAAAGCUUGCAUAUACGGCCAAACAAUUUUUAACAAGGGUGCCAAGACUACACAAUGGGGUAAGGACAGUCUCUUCAACAAAUAGUGCCGGGAAAACCGGGUAUCCAUAUGCAAAAGAUGAAGUUAGACCCUUACCUUAUGCCAUAUACAAAAAUUAACUCAAAUGGGUUAACUAUCUGAACAUUAAGACCUAAAACUGUUAAAUUCCCAGAGGAGAACAUGGGGGAAACUUCAGGACACUGGAUUUGGCAAUGACAAUGACACCAAAAGCAAAGGCAACGAAAGAAAAAAUAGACGAAUGGGACUACAUAAAACUUUAAAAACUUCCAUAGGUUACAAUAUACAAUCGAUGGAGUGAAAAGGCAACCCAUGGAAUGGGAGAAAAUAACUGCAAAUCAAAUAUCUGAUACGGGGUUAAUAUCCAGAAUAUAUAAGGAAUUCCUAAAACUCAACAACAACAAAAACCCACUUUACAAAUGGGCAAAGGACUCGAAUAGACGAUUUACUAAAGAAGAUGUACAAAUGGCCAAUAAGCACAGGAAAAGAUGUUCAUCAUCACCAAGCAUCAGGGAGACACAAAUCGAAACCACUAUGAGAUCAUUACCUCCUCACACCCUUCAGGAUGCUACUGUCAACAGGACAGAAAAUAAAUGUUGGACGGUGCCCUCCGUGGUCCUAGGAUCUUUCUCUUGCUUCAACAGGGUUUGGAUGGAACAAACCCAGGGACGCCCCUUCUUUCCAACUACCCUCCAACCUCUUUUCCAGGCACCAUCUUCAGAACCUCAGCCAUCCUCAGCCUCUGAGACCAGCCAACACCGUUUUUUUUUUUUUUUUAACUCUAAUUCUUCAUUACCAAAUAACCAUGAGCUCCAAAUUCAUCAGAAUUAUUCCACCAAGGUGGAGGCUGCCCUCAACCACCUGGUCACCCAGCAUGUGCAGGGUCCCUACACCUACCUCACUCUGGGAUUCUAUCUCCACCUCAAUGAUGUGGCUCUGGAGGCCCUGGGCCACUGCUUCCCUGAGCCGGCGGAACUGAAAUGUGAGGAUGCCCAGCGUUUCUUAAAGAUGCAAAACCAGUGCCAUUGUCUUCCAGGACAGGCUGAAGCCACCACAGUCCUGGACAAGAACUGGACCCAGACCCUUUUGGACCUGCCUGCCCUGGGUUCUGCCCGCACAGGCCCUCAGCUUCGUGACUUCCUGUAGAACCACUUCCUGGAUGGGCAGGUGAAACUCAUCUAGAAGAUGGGCGACCACCUGAGUGUUGGUCAGCCCCUGUGCUGGGCUGGAUGGUGUCUUCAAAUGGCUCCCCCUCAGGCAAGACUAGGAAGCCUUUGGAGCCCAUAAGCCUUUGAGGGGCCCCUCUGCAUUUCCUUGGCAUUUGGCUUUUGCCUGAGCCUCUCCCUGAAACCACAAGACACCCUUUUAACCACCCUACCACCCUGGAGCCCUCUCCCUUGCACUGGACCAAAUGGAAACAAUAAAGCUUUUUUGCAGAAAAAGAAAAAUGUUGGAGAGGAUGUAGAGAAGUUGGAACUUGUGCACUGUUUGGUGGGGAUAUAAAAUGGUGCAGCUAUCAUGGAAAAAAGUAUGGAUGUUCCUAAAAAAAUUUAAAAAUAGAAUUAUAUGUGAUCCAAUAAUCCUACUUCCUGUAGAUAUCCAAAGAAUUUACAGUAGGAUCUUGAAGAGAUAUUUGUA